AGCUAAUUUCAUGACCCUACACUUGAUGUAAUUGAUCUUAACCACAGCCAUGGACGGGGCAAUAGCAAUUAUUUUGAUAUCAGUGGCUAUGUUCGUAGGAUGUUUUAUUCUAGGUAUGAUACCACUGUUAAUCCGACUUUCAGAGCAAAAGCUGCAGUUUGUCACAGUAUUUGGGGCAGGCCUCCUAUGUGGCACGGCUCUUGCUGUUAUCAUUCCAGAAGGGGUGGAGUUGUUGGAUAACUCGUGGAGAGCUUCUGUUUGCUCCAACAUGGCACUCAGUGAAAACGCUAGUGAGUCAGGGUCUACCCCGGAGCUGACCAACAUGAAAGGCCUGCCUCCCAAUUUCUUCAUCGGAGUAUCCCUUGUGAUGGGCUUCACCCUCAUGUUUGUUGUGGACCAGAUUGGCAGCUACUGCUCCAUACAUGAUCCUAGAACAGGCAUGUCAAACAGCACAAGCAUCACAGCUACCUUAGGACUGGUCAUUCAUGCAGGAGCGGAUGGUGUAGCAUUGGGUGCAGCUGUGGCAUCUUCUCAGGUGUCUGUACAAGUCAUUGUCUUCUUUGCAGUAAUUUUGCACAAGGCUCCCGCAUCUUUUGGACUGGUGUCCUUCCUCAUGCAUGCAGGUCUCGAGCGUAGGCAGAUUCAGAAACACCUGCUGGCUUUUUCAGCUGCAGCCCCGGUCCUGGCCAUCAGUACAUACUUCAUCCUAAAUGCUAGUGUUGGGUCGUCUCAGCAUCGUGUAAGUGCUACUGGCAUUGGAAUGCUGUUCUCAGCUGGGACUUUCUUGUAUGUUGCAACGGUACAUGUACUUCCUGAGAUCAGCAGCAGGGGGCAACAGCAGUCCAACCAUCUCCAUCACCAUCCAGAAACCGGAGCAUACCAGCAGGGGGGGCUAGGGAUCCUUGAGAGUCUCACUCUCAUUGUUGGAACUGGACUUCCUGUGCUACUGACCCUUGUACUGCAUGAUGAUUGACACACCCAAUCAUAAUAUCGCCAAAGUGUGUAUAUGUUACUUAAACAACAGUAACUUUGCAAAAGUAUUUUUCCCCCUCGUGGAAAAAUGGUACAGUUCAUAUAGUGCUGUAUAACUGAAAAUUGCCUAUCUAAACCAACCUACUGUAAAUGUUUUGUAAUGCCUUUGAAGCUGAAAAUCACACUUGAAUUGUCAGGGCCAUAUAAACAAGCACAAUGGAUUAGGUCCGUCAAUAUUCAGUAAAUGUGAAUGUUAUCUAGAAUACAUCCAUUGAGCUUUCUUAAACUUUGGUACUGAGGCUACUGGAGAGAUGCUUUAAGUGAGGAAUACACAGAGAUAAUGGUUAAAUACAUAAACCAAAAAACUUGCACUCAGGGAUCAAUGAAUAGGAUCUCAGUGAAUGUUAUGAAACAUUUGUAAAUGGUAUGAAAUGUUUUUGUACUGGACCUGCUAGUUUAAAUACUAAAAAUAUUUAUGGUCAGCAUGGUUUAUUCCUAUUGGAAUGAUCUUUAUUUAAUUAUUAUGUUGCAGAUUAAUGUGAAAGGCAACAUGUCAAAAGCCAUUUGAUCAGAUGAAGUUUUAUUUAUAACUCCGUUUUGACCAGUUCAAAUUCUGACCAAAAUUGUCAUUCAGAAGAAAAGUUAAGAUCAUUUUAUGUUAUUUCAUUCCAAAUACCGAGCAUGCAAGAUGGCUUUUUGCUGAGUGUUUGUUUGAGGGGGAAAUGCCUUUCGGUAGUCAUAACUAGUAGAUUAAGAUUUGUUAAAUGCACCUAUUUAGCCAACCAAGAGCACAAGUUCAAUAUUGAUAUGAAUGAUGAAACUAGUAGAAUUUGAAAUGAAAGCUAAUACUAUAAUGUCAUUACCACUAAAACCUUACAUCUGUGACAAUAUCCAAGGCUGCCAUAACAAUAGGCUUUCAGCGCUUGUCAUGAUGUUUUGUACAUUUACACAAAAACAAAUUCACAUUAGGAGCUGUAGAAUCACCUUCAGUUUGUAUGGUUUUGUUGACUCAGAAGACAUAUUACAAGUGUUUCUUUAGAAAUGAAGUUGGUAUUAAUUGUAUUUUGGGUUACUUUCACCUUUGAUUUAAUGAAACGAAAAUGAGAAAUAUGAGUUUGUAUGUAUUUGGACCUUGUGCUAUCCAACCAUGCGUUUGCCACUUUAUCAAUAACUGCGGAUUGUGUACAUUAUUAAAUAACAAUGACAAUUGUUUUUUAUUUUUAUAAGGUGAGAAAAAUGUUUCAUUUUUAAAUUUCCAGUUGGUGUUAAUGUCCCAUUCUGUAUAAUAACUGAAGCCAUUUGAGUUAAGAAACACGAAAUAAUAUUUUCUUUAUGAUUCUGUUUAUUUACAUUAGUAGACGUGAACAAAUAAAUACAUACAUAUUUCACUCAAAAUAGCACCAGGCAACCUACAUACAAAAUACUAAUUAGAAAAUACAAGUAGAAAAUACUAAUUUCUGUAUUAAAAAAGCUACUACAAACCAA